AUGAGGCCAGUGAGUUCAUUUUAUUACUGGUGGCUUUCUUGUGGUGAGCACACGUCUGUUUUUUGUAAAAUGAAUUCGGGACUGCGGCGGCGCUUGAAAAAACAAUGUAUAAAAAAUAUCUCCGCACUAUUAAGAGAGGAGUUGAUCACUUUAUUAGAAGAAGAAGUCGGAAAAGGAAAAAGGAUUUGGACGAGAAAAUGGCUACGCGACAGAUCCGUAACUGGAGCUUCUGCUUUAUUGCUACAACAACUAAGAUUAGAAGAUCCUUCUGAGUACAGAAUGGCAUUGCGAGUUACAACUGAAAACUUUGACGAGUUGCUUUCACUUGUACACAGCAAGAUUCAGCGUAAUGAUACUCUGAUGAGAGAUGCAUUACCAGCAAAAAUAAAGCUAGAAGUAACGUUGUCAUUCUUAGCUACUGGAAUGAGUUACAGAAGCCUGAGUCAUUUUUACCGUGUCUCCAAACCGUCUAUAUCAGUAUUUAUACCAGAAGUUUGUCGAGCAAUUUAUGAAGCAUUAAAACAGUUUAUUAAGGUACCCAAUGCAGAAGAAUGGAAAAAUAUUGAAACUGGGUUUAAAACGAGAUGGAACUUUCCCUUGUGUUACGGUUCUAUAGACGGAAAACAUGUACCAAUCAAAGCUCCUCCUUCAAGUGGAAGUUUAUACUUCAAUUAUAAAAAAACAAGCAGCAUCGUACUGUUAGCUGUUGCUGAUCACGAUUACUGUUUUUCAUACAUAGAUGUCGGCGCAUGUGGUAGCGCAUCUGAUGGAGGGGUUUUUAAAAAUAGUUCAAUCUACCGAAAGUUGGAAAAUAACUUAUUACCUAACAAUGGUGUGAUUGUCGGAGACGCGGCCUUUCCGCUAAAGACAUAUUUAAUGAAGCCGUAUCCAGGUGUUAAUCUCAGCACAGAAGAAAAAGUUUUUAACUACCGGUUAUCUCGAGCCAGACGCAUAAUCGAAAAUGCGUUUGGAAUCUUAGUUAGUAGAUUCCGGGUAUUAGAAAAACCGAUACAAACUAAUUUGGAAGCAGUAGAUGCCAUCGUUUGUGCAUGUUGUGCCCUUCAUAAUUGGCUACGAAAGACAACAACUUCGUACAUUACUGCAACUUGUGUAGAUGUAGAAGAUGAAGAGGGAAAUUUUCUGCCAGGUUCAUGGAGGAGCCAAAUACAUGCCCUACAAAGUAUUGCCAAUCAAGGUAGCAAUCAUUCGCCACGAAUUGCAAGAGAGAAGAGAGAACUUUAUAAAAAUAUGUUCAUGAACGAAGGAAGUGUUCCUUGGCAACUAAGGAGUAUACAUUAAUAACAUUACUUUUAAUAUACUUUUAAAAUAAACAUGAUAUAUACUUGAUA